GUUGGAGGUCAGUCUAAAGCCACAUUCAGUGAUAGGAGUUGGUGGUGAGAAGCAUCAAAUGAGAUAUUGACUGUGCUUGCAUAUUUAGUGAAACAUGGGACCUCAAAUUGUGGUGUGGUGUCUUGUAAUUGCUGCAACAAGUGCAUCAUCUGUUGCUCGUCAAUUAAAUCCGUCUUCCAACUUGCAUAAAUUGCAUGAGGUUCAUCCACUUUUACGUGUGCGGCGACAAUCAGGAACUGGAGGACUCUGUGUUCCCGAUGGAGGAUAUUGUACAAAACAGUACCACUGUUGCUCUGGAUCUUGCUUAACUUUCUCCUACAAAUGCAUCCCAGGUAGUUCGGGUGGAACACAAGUUGAUCUUGUGUCCAUGAUCAUUGACUCCACAUCGUCAUUUGGAGGAUCAAACCUUGAGAAUCGCUUUGGGGAAAAUGAUACUGCUCCAAUAUGUGCCAAGGACGGCGAAUAUUGCCAAAUGAGCUCCCAGUGUUGCUCACAGCGAUGUCUUAGUUUCUCAUACAAGUGCGUUCCGAAUCAUUCAAUAAUUCCACCUACUCCAGCUCCUGGUCAGCCUGCCCUAGUUGCUCCCAUUCCACAGAACGUGAUAACAAUUGAGGAACUGAUUAGUAAUAGAUUUGGGGAACCAGACAGUGCAACAAACUCCAACGGUGCAGUUUGCUUAGCCAAUGGCAUCUCCUGCACAGAUUCAAAUAAAUGCUGUUCAAGAUACUGCGCUCAGGCAACUCUAAAUUCCCGUGUCUGCAUUGCAAGAUCCAAUGAAGUACCUCAUACUCCUGAUGGAUUGCCGCCUAGAGGACCUUCUGUUGAUCCUCCAAGCACAGAGGCACCCCCUCCAACUGGAUGCCAGGCAAUUGGCGCAAAAUGCUACAUCCACGAUGAAUGCUGCAGCCGGCGUUGUCAUGGGUUUUUACACCAAUGCGUCACAUAAAAGCCUCUACAACUGGCUUCGCGAAUUCAACACAUCUCUUAAAGCCGCGUCUUUUAAACAAGUUUCUUUCACUUGUGGACGAUGACAAAUAAACAACAAGAAUUUAUUCAAACAGACAUUACAAUUAAUAAACAAAUAAAAGUUUACUUAUUAUCUGUGUUAUAAACAGACGAAAAUUUACAAGUCAAAAGAACCUCUCAUGUAAACACAUAAUGUAUUGUUUUCUUUUGACUGAUAAAAGCAAUGAGAAUAAAUCGCAAAAGCGAAUACAAAAAAAA